CCAGGCGCAGCCCGCGUAUAUGGUGGAGCCCCCGCCGCAAGUCCCCGCCUAUAUGGGGCAGGAAUACGUAGAAGGCGGUGGCAGCGCUUCGCCGAGGAGUGCAUCUCCUGGGGCUUUACCUCAACACAAUUUACACCUACAACAAAGGUACGACUCGACGUCACUGGAGCAGCUAGGGCGACAUUACUGCGUGACGUCACCACGUGGCGAGUACGCGACAGAUGCGUACGGCUACCAACACUACCCUACCGCGUACGAUCCGCCACCCCACCAGCCACCACCUUUCAAGGACUCGCAAAACGGACUAAGUUUAGGCAGCGCGGGAGGACAAUCGAUGUAUGGAGACGAGGAGGAGUUACAGAAACAAAUGGCUGGCAUGGCGUUAGUGCACGGCGGCGUGGGCGGUCGCGAGGACGGUGGCGGGCUUCAAUGGCGCGACCCAAACCUUCCCGAGGUCAUCGGCUUCCUCAACUCGCCGUCCGACGUCGUGAAGGCCAACGCGGCCGCCUACCUGCAGCACCUCACCUACAUGGACGACCCCAACAAGCAGAAGACCAGGAGCCUAGGCGGCAUCCCACCACUAGUGCGGCUGGUCUCCCACGAGAACCCAGAAGUGUGCCGCAACGCGUGCGGAGCGCUCCGCAAUCUGUCCUACGGCCGCCAGAACGACGAGAACAAGCGCGCCAUCCGCGACGCCGGAGGCAUUCCUGCGCUCAUGGCGCUGCUGUGCCGCGCCACCGACAUGGAGGUGAAAGAGCUCGUCACCGGGGUCAUUUGGAACAUGUCAUCGUGCGAGGACCUCAAGCAGUCGAUCAUCGACGACGCGGCGCAGGUCAUCGUCAACAAGGUCAUCAUCCCGCACUCCGGCUGGCAUCCUACUAACCCUGGAGACACUUACUGGUCUAACGUUUUCCGCAACGCAUCGGGCGUGCUCCGCAACGCGUCUUCCGCGGGGGAAUACGCGCGGCGGCGCCUGCGCUGCCUCAACGCGUUACCUGACGCUCUACUGCAUACCGUGCGAGUGGCCGUGCGCGUCAACGGCAUCGGCACCAAGAUCGUCGAGAACUGCGUCUGUGUGCUGCGUAACUUGUCCUACAGAUGUCAAGAAAUUGAAGACCCAUUGUAUGACACGAGAGCACCUCCAACACAGUCGUCGGGACAGGCUAGGAUACAAGCCAGCGCUUCCAAAGGCGAAAACCUAGGCUGUUUCGGCGGCAGUAAAAAGAAGAAGGAAGGCUCAUCUUCGUCUAACUCCACCAGCCCGCUCGGCAAGAGCGAACCUGACACGCAACCUCUUGGGGAUACGUCAUCUAAUACGCAACUGGGGUACAGCGUGCCGAAAGGAACGGAAAUGCUUUGGUCGCCGGAGGUGGUCCCGCUAUACAUGGCGUUGCUGCAGACGUGCUCCAACCCCGAGACCUUAGAAGCAGCGGCGGGCGCUCUGCAGAACCUCGCCGCCUGCUACUGGCAGCCAUCCAUCGACAUCCGAGCAGCUGUGCGGAAGGAGAAAGGUCUGCCGAUCCUCGUGGAACUGCUUCGCAUGGAAGUAGACCGGGUGGUGUGCGCGGUGGCCACGGCGCUGCGGAACCUGGCCAUCGACCAGCGCAACAAGGAGUUGAUCGGGAAGUACGCCAUGAGGGACCUGGUGCAGAAGCUGCCCAGUGGGAACCAUCAGCAUGAUCAGGGCACGUCAGACGACACGAUAGCAGCAGUUCUGGCAACACUGAACGAGGUUAUAAAGAAAAGCGGCGAGUUCUCCCGUUCUUUACUGGAGGCAGGCGGUGUCGAACGCCUGCUCAAUCUUACUAAGCAGCGCCACCGUCAUACGCCACGCGUUCUCAAGUUCGCAGGGCAAGUGCUGAUGACGAUGUGGUCUCACGCGGAACUCCGCGAGGUGUACCGCAAGCACGGCUGGCGCGAGCCCGACUUCCUCACGCCGGCGCGCGCCGCCGUGCCGCGUGGUUCGUCCAACGCCAGCGAUACGGGUGUGGGAGCAGGUCAGGGCACACCCAUGUCGGGAGGCGGAGCCCCUCACUCGCCAAGCAACGCCAACUCCACGCUCAGCCGGCCCAUGGCUUCUACUGGAGGCACCCGAUACGAGGAUAGGACCAUACGCCGCCAUAGAGAGGUACAGAGAAGUUUGCACCUUAUCCCAAUGAAGUAGAAUUUAGUUUGGUAGAAAAGUGCAUGAUGAUUAGAUAGUAUACAUGGCUGCAACGCCAACUCCACGCUCAGCCGGCCCAUGGCUUCUACUGGAGGCACCCGAUACGAGGAUAGGACCAUACGCCGCCAUAGAGAGGUACAGAGAAGUUUGCACCUUAUCCCAAUGAAGUAGAAUUUAGUUUGGUAGAAAAGUGCAUGAUGAUUAGAUAGUAUACAUGGCUGCAACGCCAACUCCACGCUCAGCCGGCCCAUGGCUUCUACUGGAGGCACCCGAUACGAGGAUAGGACCAUACGCCGCCAUAGAGAGGUACAGAGAAGUUUGCACCUUAUCCCAAUGAAGUAGAAUUUAGUUUGGUAGAAAAGUGCAUGAUGAUUAGAUAGUAUACAUGGCUGCAACGCCAACUCCACGCUCAGCCGGCCCAUGGCUUCUACUGGAGGCACCCGAUACGAGGAUAGGACCAUACGCCGCCAUAGAGAGAACGAUGACACAAUGGACGCUAACAGCUACCAAGACGGCCUGGGCAUGGGCAACCCUAACGGGCGGCCGAUGAACCUUCAGGGCGUGCAGGCGCAGAUGCCGAUGCCGCCCAGCAGUCGCUAGCCAGCCCAGGCUCGCUAACCCGCCCAGGCUCGCUAGCCGCCCGCCCUAGUGAGCCGGCACUUUGCAGCUUCGCGAUGUUAUUUAUUCUUUCAGCUUUUUGAGGGUACAGUCAUGAAUUGAACGACAGAAAUAAUGUAUUUAUGGAAAUAUCUCUUCCUAUCUGUGUUAUGUAUCUCCUGGAUUUGUCCUUAAUGUACAGACUGCACAUAAAGGUAUGUUCUGUGGCAUCUUAUGUACAGUCAGUGUCAAAUAGCUCGUGACACUCAAAGUGGCCAAAAAGUUGACAACAUAACCUUAUUCCAAUGUAACAAAGACGUGUUGCGAAGUUUUGACUGCCUUGGGUGUCACGAACUAUGUGAUGCUGACUGUAUAGAUUGCACAUCAAGGUAUAACUGUGGCAUCUGUGACUGUACCGUUGAAAAGUGCGACUCGCAGUUUUGUAUCGAUUUAAAUAUGCAAUCAUUACGCAGCUAGAAAAGGCUUUUAUCCACCAAAGCAGUACCUGUAAACUUCUGCCUAAUAUUGGACGAUAUUUGUAGCUAAAAUAGAGUACAAAAGCAAUGGAACCAGGCAUGGAGAAGGCAGAUUUCUUUGGUGGAUAGACAGCCUAAUAUAACAAUAAUGUAAGGUUAUUAUUACGUGUGAUUGCGACCAGUGCGCCUUCUAGCGAUUCCAUAACAACUGGUCACAAUAUCCAUACGUAUUAAAACCUUUGAAUAUUUGUUCUGAAAGUUCAUAGUAUUUGUAUUGUGCUGUUGAAUGUUAUUAUUUUAUACAUAACGAAAUAUAGAUCGUACAUUCCGUUGUAUAGAAAGUAGAUGCGGUUAGAGCGAUAUAUUGUACUCUGUGGACUUUCACAACGAAUUACUUUUGAACAGUUGUCAGUACAGUCGUCACAAAAGUAGCUUGAAAUGUUUUUUCUCAAGUAAAUAAUACUUCAAGGACUUUUGUUUCAGACUGUACACAAACGAAUUAUGAAUUGUUUUCGCGAAAUAAAAUGGGUAUUGUAUAAGAAGAGCUAAUAUGCACAAGCAUUUAUUUUACGUAGUAGCGGGUCUGCAGGUUGAUGUAUGUGUAUUCUAUGUAAUACAGUCGAUAACAAUAAUAUAUUCACAUUUCAAUAUUGGAUACGAUUGAAUUUAAUGCGAGAUUGUCCUUCGUCAAAUGAUGUAGUCCAAUAGUGUGACAAAAUAUAACCAAGAUUAUUGGUAUCUACCUCCUAAAAUAUACGGGACUGCUACCAUUUGACGCAGGUACUUGGAAUGCUAGCUACGUUUUGAAAUGUCGAUAAUAUUACUGGCGUCGACUGUACGUGUGCCUGUAAGUUGAUCGAGCGAUUUUGGGUCUUAACGCCAGCGUAAUUGAGUGCAAACUCGUCUGGCUAACAGUAUAUGAAUGAAGUUCGUUUGCCGCUUGGCCUAAUUUAGUACAGUCGCGUGUAUGUGGCACCGCCGUUCGAGAGAUCAUGUCAAUUCCCAUGUACAUAUUCGUGCCAUUUACGUAUUUUUAAAAUUUUGAACGGGGGCUUCUAGUAGGUGUGAGCUAUUAAACUUUUCUACUCGGGCUCACCGCGAUAGGAUAUUCGAUAUCUAACUUAUCAAUCAGAUAUAAAAUAUUGGUGUAUUUCAAACUAAUUUUUAUAACAAAACACCAUGUAUUACCCUAUUAUAAUCACCGUAAACAGUUUACAUAUAAAAUUAUCGGAUUUGAAUAUUACUGUUAUUAUUUAUAACAAAUUAGUUUAGUAGAAUUCACAGUGUCCUAACGAAUAUUGUUUGAGCCAAGCGAAAAUGCAUGUUGAAUUUGAGAAUUUUUUACAAGAAAUUUGAUGAGCAUUUUCAUGGUUUGAAUGUUAGGACGCGAUAGUUUAAAUAUGAUAAUGAUAGAAUUUUGUAAUAUUUUGUAUCCAUUCCACGACCCUCUAUGAAAUAAUUGUAAUAUAGGUGUCUAUUGUCCUCUAUGUCUUAAGGAAUAUCCGUCUUAUAUUUAGCGUAAGUUGCAUCGAUGUGGCGACGGGAGGGCUUUGCGGGUUUCUGUUGAGGACUGUACUCGGAUGGAGGGCAAGGAAAUGUCUGUCUAAUGAGUUGAAAGAAACCGAAGUCUCUAUAGUUGGUCCACCGCCGUAAGAACAACUACGCGCGCGUAUUGCACUAUUACCAAGUGACACGUGAUUUCUGUGUCAAUUUGACAUUUUCGCGACCUCGAGAUGUCCUGAGGACACCAUGAAGACACUUUAAAUUAAUUUAAACGGGAUGGUCCCGCUCAUAACUGGACUUAUCACUCACUUAAACAUGACUCACAAUGAAAUCGUUUCAGUAUACCAUAAAUAACAGUUUUAAAUACUUUUUAUUAUUCAAUACAAUAAAAUAACUGACCAAUUUGGUUUAUUGCUCUUACGGCGGUCGACAACGCGUCCCCUAAAUGAUUAGUCCCAAAGUAACAACAUGACAGCUAACGUCACUAGUUAAUCAACUAUAUCGAUAAUAACGUUGAUCUCGUAACAGGACGACAGAGCAUCACUAUAGUUUGCGACAAAAAAUAUUACAUUGGCACUGACGUUGUGAAAUAUAAGCAGCUAAAUGAACUCAAGUUCAUCAAUAUUAGUCACUUUAAUCCUUCAAGGCCCGCGAAUCUAGACACAAUAGAUAAUCAAUUGUUAUGACAUUAAUGAAUGCCGUCUGGGACUCAAGCGGUUAAAUGUUAAAGUGACAAGACAGUUUUGGCGCAAACUAUAGUCGAUUCAUGGGAGGGUUUCAUAUGAGAGAACAAUGGAGUUUUACUGUAUCUCUUAAGUUUGUGAAUUACAUUUUUAUGGAGAAUCAAUUCACUUGUCUCUAGUAUUGUCAUUUGUCAUAAAAUAUAUAAAAAAUAACAAUAUAGGAGUUAAUGAAGUUAAUCAUGUUAUAAAGGAAGUUACAAGUGUAUUAAUUCAAUCACAGGAAGAGACAUUUGAAACCAUUUGAUUUGUAUAUCACGUCUGUUCCCGAUCAUGAUUAGUUCAAGGGAGCUUUAAGUGUUAAUUGCGUUACGUUUCCCUCCGUUUGGUUUUAGUUAAUGAUAACUAUUUAUUUUACAUAAUCAUACUACAUAAGUUUAUAUUUAGUAGACGGUAAAUGUAAGGGUUUACGUGACAAGAUUUUGGAUAUAUUUUAUGCACAAUAAUGCAUUUCGACACGUCCCAACGGGCGACUCGACUGAAUAACCUGGUACAAAACAAAACUACCCUCAUCCAGUGCAUUAUAUGAUUUAAGUACCCGUGUAUGUAAGUUUUGUAUGAUAUUUUUUAAAAGUGUAAGUGAAUGUACAACCAAUUUUCAUUACAGUCUGCUUGCCAGGUUUGUGUCGCUUCUAUGAAGUGAUUUUUUUAAAUAAUUUCCACUGAAGACCUUUUUACAUUAAGUUAGGCUUAAGAGAUAAUUAUUUAAUCGUCUUAUUUUUUAUUUAUCGUAUUUUUAGGCGAGAAUAUUAGGCAAUUGUAUGUAGGCAUUAUUAGAUACAUAUAUUGUUUUUAAUAUACUAUAUGAUAUGUUUUAUGGAAUGCUGUCUAUAUCGAUUCUAUGACGACUAAUGUAGGCCUUGUAUAGAUUGUUUGUUUACUUUUGCAUCUGAUUCACUUCCACAGAUCUCUAGAACUUUAUCGUUUGUAAGUCGUUGUAGUGUCACCAUAAAUUUAUCCGAAAUCCUUAUCUAGUGUUACACCACAGUUUAAAAAUAUUUUAUUGGUCUGUGGUCAACCAUAGGCUAUAGAGUUGUUGGAACAGUAAAUACUCGAUUAUUUAUAUUUUAUUUAAAAAAAUAUAUUGACAAAUUAUUUAAAUAGAGCGGUCUUUGUUUGUCGUUGCGACACUAGAUGUAAAUUGAUAAUUCGUCUUAUGUCAUGUUGUAUGUAGAUUUUAAUAGAACAUUAUUCUCUCUUAAAGAUACUUAUAAUUAAAGAAAUUAUUAUAUUAUAUCACAGAGAAUUAAAUGAAUGAUUUUUUUA